CCCGAAGGUGGGGGUGGGAACGACAUUGAACACACCAUCUGUCCAAUGUAAGUCGCUGCGACUAAUUAUUGCUGGCUGUGCUACUGCUGCUGCUCUGCAGUAGGUAUCCAGACAGAGACCAGCAUACCGGAAGACGGGAGGGUCAAGAGGGUCGAGACCGCGCGCAGCUGAAAGGGCAGAGUGGCAGAUUGGCAGAUAGUACGACUCGUACCUGAACCCAAACUUUAUGUCCUCCCCUCCUCCUCUCCCUGGCCUCGUACCUGCCACGCUUACCCCAGAUAAAUAAUCCGUCUCACACUCUUUCUCCCCUUUCCCUGCUGUUCGAGUGGCUUGUCUUACAAAUUACUCAAUUUGUCCUUUUCUUCUUCUUUCCUCACCCUCCCAGCUGUCUUCUCCCUUGCCAGCCUCGAGCAUAUAAGACGUCCGAAUCGACAUCCCACCCGACUCGGUCAUCAACUUACACCAUCCCAGCAGCCAGUCGAAUCCUGACAAAGUCCCGCCCGACCCCUCUCCGACGACCCUCCGAUACUUCAAACUAUAAUCUUUAAGGGACGAACAACACCACCAUCAUCCACAAUGGCUACCAACGGACACUCUGCGAACAAGUUCCUCAUCUGGGGUGGCGAGGGCUGGGUUGCGAACCACCUCAAGGUCCUCCUCGAGGGACAGGGCAAGGAGGUCUACACCACCACCGUCCGCAUGGAGAACCGUGAGGGCGUCCUCGCCGAGCUCGAGAAGGUCAAGCCUACCCACGUUCUCAACUGCGCCGGUUGCACUGGUCGCCCCAAUGUCGACUGGUGCGAGGACAACAAGGAGGCUACGAUGCGAUCCAACGUUAUCGGCACCCUGAACCUCACCGACGCCUGCUUCCUCAAGGGCAUCCACUGCACCGUCUUCGCCACCGGCUGCAUCUACCAGUACGACGAUGCCCACCCCAUUGGCGGUGCUGGCUACCUCGAGACCGACCCUGCCAACUUCAAGGGCAGCUUCUACUCGGACACCAAGGGUCACGUUGAGGAGAUCAUGAAGCACUACAAGAACUGCCUUAUCCUUCGCCUGCGCAUGCCUGUCAGCGACGACCUCCACUCCCGCAACUUUGUUACCAAGAUUGCCAAGUACGACCGUGUCGUUGAUAUCCCCAACUCCAACACCAUUCUUACCGAUCUCCUCCCGGCCUCCAUUCUCAUGGCCGAGCACAAGGACACUGGCAUCUACAACUUCACCAACCCUGGUGCCAUUUCUCACAACGAGGUGCUUUCUCUCUUCAAGGAGAUUGUCCGUCCCGAUUUCACAUGGAAGAACUUCUCGCUCGAGGAGCAGGCCAAGGUCAUCAAGGCCGGCCGCAGCAACUGCAAGCUCGACACCACCAAGUUGGAGAAGAAGCUCAAGGAGUACAACUACACGGUGCCCGAGGUUCACGAUGCCUACAGGGGAUGCUUCGAGCGCAUGAAGGCCAACGGUGUCGUGUAAAUAGAAGAGGGGAAAAAGCAAAUCGGAUUUGGCGCAUAUGGGAACUUGGCGGCUCUAGCAAGACUUAGAGACUGGAAUGAACUAGACAAAUUGCAGUUUGAGUUGUUGAAGACUGUCCAGAUUGAUACAGUGAGCAUGGCAUGGUUCCAGAUGCUGUUGAGCUGGCGUCAGGCGUCAGGCACUGAAGAUUGAACGGUGUCCUUUGCGUGAGAGAUGGUGCAGCCGGGGUGGAGAAGAGUCAUCUCGGCGUUGUCCGGUUGACUUGAGCUCUGAAAGCUUGUGAAGCGGAUCGCCGACUGUUGUCGAUCACUUUGGAGGCCUGGAAAUAUCGUGAUGUAGUGUAGCUACCAGCUAUCGUCGCUUGCAAUGUGACGACUAACGCUGCAGAGACCGGAAUAGCAACCUGACACGAGCCAUGCUUCUCUUCCCCGAAACUUCCAAAGAAGCCCUUGAUGAAAAUGUUUUGGAUUGAGGGAAGACCUGUAUCUUGAAUGCCGACUCUUUGUGAUGCAAAGAGACAGCACACGGCAGAUGGGCUGGACCGUGCAACGUCAUCCCUGCCAGCAGGUCCCUGUCCGCGUAAUCUCCAAGGCCGCAGUGGACAUCGCCAUCGUCCAUGCAGCCUAUGGAAAGGGCGGGAGGGAAAGAAUGGCACCUUGCCAGCACCCAGUGGGAGGGCAGGUCAGGUUGCCUUAAGGUACCAGCCGUAAGGCUCAGAAG